AUGUCACGGUUUGUCACAGAACUGUUGAACCAACCCAACGUCAUUGUCAUGUCUCGCCCAUCUGCCUCUCCUCCCCUUGAAGUUAAGCCUUUCGAUCUCGAGGUAGAAACACUGGGAUUCGAGCCAGCUCAGGUAGAAGACUUUGUGCGCAAAGUGGAGCCCACCAAUGCCGAUGCCAUCUUGUCGUUUCUUGGCGGCCUUCCUCUUAUUCGAGAUCUGGUGCGCAUACCUAUUCAGCUCGACGCACUUUGCUUUGCGUGGGAUGAAAUCUAUCACUGCAAGAAUGAACCAGAAACAAUGACCGACCUAUAUCAAGCCAUUGAAAGAGGACUGUGGAAAAAGGACAGCCAUCGUUUGAAGCGAGCACCUAGUGGCUUAACAACAGAUGAACAUCGAGCGAUCGGUACUAUGGCGUCGGUCUCCAAGGAAGUUUGCUUCCUCGAGGGGUUGGCAUUCUCUGGAAUGUAUAAUAACACUCUUCUUUUUAAUGCCAACUUCCGAGAUAUUGUGGCAGCACAUUUUUACCAACCAAAAGAGACAGCCGACGGGAUGUUAAAGAACAUUUCCUUUAUGAGAACAACGGAUCCGGAAGCUAGCCAGAGACAUCGGGUGUACCACUUCGUACACUUGACAUAUCAGGAAUAUUUUGCCGCUAGAUACUUCGUGAGAAACUGGCAAGAAGGAACCAGUUUGAAGUGCUUAAGAACUCAGCAGACCGGAACUUUAAGACAUGGCCAGCUCAAGGUGGAAAACCUCACUCCAGUACAAUUCCUUCAGAGCCACAAAUACUCCGCGCGAUAUGAUAUUUUCUGGCGGCUCGUCGCAGGUUGCCUGGCCUCGGAAACACCACAGCCUAAGGGGCUUGUCAGAUUCUUCACGGAGCUUGAUAGACAACCCUUGGACUUUCUAGGCGUAGCACAUCAAAGGCUGAGAAUGCACUGCUUGCGCGAGAUACCCUCUACCACAACAUCCAAAGAGUUCAUAGCUCUCAAGUCACAAAUUGAGGACGAAGUAUGUACAUGGCUGGUUUACAAACCCAAAACACUCUAUGGGUCGGGGUUUGGGCUGUAUCCUCUUCUCACCCACGAGAGAGAUUGCCCAUCGGGCAUCUUUUCCAAGCUUCUUGCGAAGUAUCAAGCCCCAAUUAUCCUUACUCGAGUUCUCGUAAAUUCUAGAUUUCAGACCCGACAGGCGGCUAUUCUAGCUCUUUCUAACCAAUCUAAACUACCGGAUAGCACUCUACACUCUUUAGUACAAUGCCUUGAUCGGGAAGGCAAGGAUAGAGAUAUAGCAGCACGCACCAUACAAAGUCAGCCUGGCUUGCCGAGCAGCAUACUGGCUGUCUUAGCAGCGUACCUAAAGAGGCCGGAUCAAGAAACACAAAGAGCUACUAUUCUCUCUCUAGGCUGCCAGCCUUGGCCGGAUGAUAUUCUAGUGACCGUGAUGGCAUUCCUUCAAAGCCCAGAUACAGCCAUGCAGCUCGCGGCUCUUGAAGCCUUGUCUCGCCAGUCGUCUCUAUCGGAGGACAAACUUCUCUGCAUACAAGGCUUUUUAGACAACCAAAAUGAAUCUAUCAGGGACGCUGCAUUCACGGUUAUGGGUAGCCAGAAAAACUUACCGGAUAGUAUCCUUUCUACAAUCGCCGCUAUCAUUGACCACCCCGGUGGGCCUGGGGAUGGAACCGCACUCGAGAUCUUGUGUAAUCAACACAAUUUGCCCCUACAUAUCAUUCGGAACCUGGUAAAGUCCGUCGAGUCCCAGCAUAUCUAUACGAAAAGACAUGCCUUCGAAGUACUAAGCAGUCAGAGAAGUUUGCCCGAAGAUGUAUUGAGUGUUCUUGUAGCCCAUUUGGCACCUGAUUCCCCAGUCAUCCAGCAGGCAGCCAUCGACGCCAUUAGAAACCAGCCUAAACUUCCUCUGAGUAUAUAUGAUGGUAUUCUACCGCUACUAGAGAGCUCUGAUUGGUGGUGUCGAUGGGCAGCCGCCAGUGCGCUUGGAGGCAAGGCUAUUCUGCCGAAGCAAGCACGUCUCCGCCUAUGGGAAAGACUUGAUGAUGCUCAAGCGAUUGUGCGACACGGAGCUAUUUUAUCAUUGGGCCGGCAACCCGAUCUUUCAGACGACGAUCUUUUGCGGAUUGUGGAAAAUCUUGGAGGCAGGGAAGGCACCGUUCGCCGAGCCGCUACCAUUGUCUUGCGGAACUACCCAAACUUACCCGAUAAGGUACUACGAUAUGUGAAGUCUUUCCUCCAGGAUAAGGAAAGCAAUGUCAGGCAAGCGGCCGUUCAGGUUUUGGGCGGGCAGCCGAACCUGUCACAAGACCUGUUGCCAUCCCUCCUGGAGCGAAUCUCGGACAAAGAUAGGGGAGUGGCGGCCAGUGUCAUGGCUGCCCUGGGCGGCCAGGCAACUCUAUCCGAAGAGACGCUUCGAGUCUUGAUAGAAAGGCUUCAGAGUGUGGGGAGCGAAGAAGUACGAAAGGGAGCCAUUACGAUUUUGAACAACUCCCCUGCGAAUGCAUCCAUCAAACUCAGCGAACUAUCCACGUUUCCACUAUUGAUGAAACACGAGGCGUUUCGACUGGCCGGCUCAGAAAGGAUUGAUCUUCUGGAAAUUUUCAUGUCUUUUAUGAUUCAGUGCUCGGAAAGUCACCUGGCAUGGUAUGUCCAUGAGGGCACCUCAUGUAUUGAGACGCAGAGCGGUGUACAGCGCCUAGCUCUCGACGAUGAAAGGGCCUUUCGACAGGCCAUCGAAGGGUAUCGGAAAGAAUUUAGAAUGCCCGGGACUGCAGAAUCGAUAGGAGGUGUGAACUCAGGGCCUACCUUGUUCAAUCGACUCAUGCGCACUUUCAUUCACUGGUGA